CUCAGUCGGAUUGCUUUGCUUGCUUGCUCUGAAAGUCGGGCGAGGAAGAGAAACCAGAGCGAAACAUAGAAGCGAGGAAGAGAAGAACAACUUAAGAAGAAAAAUGGAGUCUCCGAAGAAGAUAGCUCACGAGAUCGGUGGUGUCAAGAACGACGCUCUUCGAUUUGGUCUCCACGGCGUUAAGAGCGAUAUCGUCGGAUCUCACCCACUCGAAUCGUCUUACGAAUCUCAAAAGAAAUCGCAAGAGGCCACGAAGAAGACGAUCAUUGCGCAUACCUACGGUGCUGCACUUCCAUUGAAGAUGGAUAUGGACAGGCAAAUUCUCUCACGGUUUCAGAGACCUCCUGGACCAAUUCCAUCCUCAAUGCUCGGUUUAGAAGUCUACACAGGAGCCGUGGAUAGCUUUGGUUUUGAGGAUUACUUGAAUGAUCCUCGUGACUCGGAGACAUUCAAGCCGGUAGACUUCCACCACGGGAUGGAAGUUCGUCUUGGCAUCUCAAAGGGUCCGGUUGCCCCAAGUUUCAUGUAAUGCCCUCAAAAAUGUUGGUUUUUAAUUGGUUGUUCACUUGUUCUGUCUUAUCAGCUUUUGAAUGAUAUGAAUCAAGUGAGAUCUUGUACGAAUUUAUUUCGACGUUAGUGCUCUAUUCUCGCUUGACCUAACUCUUUUAAGUUUGAAAUCAGAUGAGACAG